CUGGAAUCGACAAUAUAGAUCGUCCGAAGAGGCGGUGUCGUCAAAUCUGUAACAGAUUUUCGACCUUGCGUGAUGAGCGACCAGCGCGAAGGCUCGAUGAGACGGGAUCGACGGACUCUUCAACUACCACGAAGGAAUUCCAGUCAAGGCCCAAACAUGGAUGAUGACUCGGACAACAGUCGAUGCCCUUCGCCAUUGCUCACGGUUGAUGGCGGUUAUCGCAUCGAUCCCUUCUUCCGAUACCCUAUAUCGCGAGUGUCCAGAGGUGUCCAGUUCAUGACGGACUACUAUAUCCAGAUAUGGGCUCCACAACAAGCACAGUCCCUUAAAAUGCAAAAUGGAGGCAACGCACUCCUGACAUUGAUCCUGCCACUGGCUUUACAGAAUGCAAUGCUUUUCGAAGCGACCAUCGGCAUGACCAGAGCCGCAUGGCUAUUGCGAAGAGGUUGCGAGCCCAUGGAGGACAAGAUGCUGCUUCGACAUAAAGGCGCGACACUGCUGCAUUUGAGGAAUGCGCUCGAGGCUGGCCGUCAAGCUCGUUCGGAUCUAGUACUGCUCACGAUGUCGACGCUUCUGACUUUUAACUACAUGAUCGACGACGUGGAGUCGUUUGAGGUCCACCUGCGCGCUCUCGAGAACCUGCUCCAGUCGUACGAUCCUGACGAGGACAACGAGCUCCAGAACUUUGUCCGUGGCCGUGUGCUAGCUUAUGCAACUCGUAUCAAUGAGCCUGGUCACCGUAUCAGUAUACUGACGUACCCUGGGCACCCAUUCCCUGCGGAUCUCUGCGAGCUGAUAGCGAAAUUGCCCGACGGUUUCGCAGAAGUGGCCUUAAGCAGGAAUAUCGCGAUCGAAUUCAUCAGCUUUCUGGUCAGGCUGACAGAGCUGGUUGACUGGUAUGCCCUGGCCACGGAUCAAGAAAUGCCCAGGCCGCGACCAGAGAUGACUAUGCAACGAGCCAUCUACGACCUGCAGUGUUUGUCGGCUCUGCCGUUGAAUCAAAUCGAGGCACAAAUGGUCAAAGCUCUGUUGGCAUUCUGUUUGCAUCUGUACAAUGAAGUAUCUUUUCACAUACCUCUGGCUAGACCACUCCGGCCAAUCAUCGAGGGCUUCAACGAACAAACAGAGAUACCACGGCAUCCUUGGCUCCGACUUUGUCUUCUCUGGUGCUCUCUGGCCAUCGCCAGUUCUUGGGAUGCGCAGAUCGAUGCCUCACCGGAACGCCAUGUUGUUCUUGAUGGCUUGAUAGCUCGUUUGCAGGAGGCGAGAUCGUGGGAGGGCAUGCAAGGAACGAUGAGUAAGUUCUUCUGGCAUGACAGACUUGCUGAUCACUGGGAGGUCUGUUGGCGUGCAGCACUUUUCAGGAGUCAUAGAUAUCGAAGGGGAGCGUCACAAAUGGCAUCCAUUCCACAUCUGUUGAUCGAGAAUAGUCGAGAAUCUUCAAAGUCAUCAGAUGGUCUGCAGUAA